CCUGAAGAAGCAGUUGGUGCAUCUACAAGGGUCCCACAAUGCCUGGGAUGAUUUGGCUAUCUCACCCGCUAGUGGUGUUACUCCUGGUGGCCCUGCUAGGGGCUGUCUUGCUGGGGGCCACCGUGCUCUUCUGGCGACAGGCUCCAGCACGAAGCAAGAUCCCCAGGGCGCAGAAGCGUAGGGAGGAGGCUCUGAGGCGGAUGGCAGCCCUGGCAGAACGUCUCCGGCAGCAGGAGCCAGAACUGGACCCCAAGCCCAUUCUGGAGCUGCCGUUGGAGAAGCUGGUUCAGAAGAUGCUUGCUGACGAACUGAGUUUGGAGAGUGUCCUCUGCAGCUACCUAGAGGAGGCACUGAAGGCACACCAGGAGGUGAAUUGCCUGACGGAUUUCCUAGAUGAAUGUGAGGAUCAAUUGCAGGCAUUGAAGAAACUCAAGAAGAGUGAGCGAGGACUCCUCUAUGGGGUCCCCAUCAGUCUCAAGGACACCUAUGACUGCAUGGGCCAUGACUCUUCGUGUGGCUUGGCCCAGUUCCUGGAGAAGCCGGCAGCCAAGGACGGAGUCAUUGUGAAAGUGUUAAAGGCUCAGGGAGCUAUUCCCUUUGUUAAGACCAACAUCUCCCAGACACUGCAAAGCUAUGAUUGCAGCAACCCCAUCUAUGGACAGACUCUGAACCCUCAGAACUUAAAGAAGACACCUGGGGGCUCCUCAGGGGGUGAAGGAGCUCUCCUGGCAGAAGGGGGUUCCAUCUUGGGCAUGGGUACCGACACUGGAGGCAGUAUCCGUAUUCCAGCCAGCUUUUGUGGUGUCUGUGGUAUCCGGGUCACAGGAUACCGUCUCAGCUACUCUGGAGUUGCCUCUGCUGUCAAGGGCAGGAAAGCAGGGAUCACAGUGGCUGGCCCCUUGGCCAGGGACGUGGAGAGCCUGGCACUGUGCCUGCGAGCGCUGCUGAGUGAACACAUGCACCGACUGGACCCCACCACACCCUUCCUGCCCUUCAGGGAGCAGGUGUACUCCAGUAACCGUCCCCUUCGAAUUGGCUACUAUGAAUCAGAUGGCUUCACCCAGCCAUCACCUAGCAUGGCCAGGGCUGUGAAGCUCACAUCCAGGCUGCUCCGGGAUGCUGGACAUCAGGUCAUCCCCUUCUCUGUCCCCCGAACAGAGUAUGCCUUCUUUCACCUGUACCAAGGGACUCUGUUUGCUGAUGGAGGGGCCACCCUUCUGGAGAAACUUCAGGGGGACAUUGUGGACCCCUCCAUGAAGAACACAGUCAACUCUCUCAGGUUGCCAGACUCACUCAAACGUUUCUUGGCCUGGAUCUGGAAGUAUAUCGAGCCCCGGGUUAGCCAGAUUUUCGAAAUGUUGUGUGGAGUAGGGACACCCAAGAAACUGUGGGAGCUGCACCAAGCAGUGGAGGAAUAUCAGCAAGAGUUCAUAGCCAAGUGGAGGUCCCUGGACCUGGAUGUGCUGCUGUCUCCAGCUCUGGACCCCGCCUUCUAUAUUGGCUAUCCUGCCAAGGCAAACACAAGCAUCUCCUACUUGGCCCUUUACAACCUCCUGAACUUCCCUGCCGGCGUGGUGCCCGUCACCACUGUGACGCCACAGGAUGAGAAGGAACUGGCCUUCUACAAAGGCUACUACAGAGAUAGCUCCGACAAAAAUUUCCUGGAGGUUUUGCUGAGAGCUGAGGAAGCCUGGAACUCUGAGAUCCAGGGCAUGUCUACUUUAAUAAAGACUGGGGGCGGUGAGAGGAUCUGUGGGGCUUUCGGUGGCUGUGCAGUGUAUCGCUUUGCCAUGGGAAGAGGAACUGUGUCUCCGGUUUAUGAAGGAGGUGGAGACCUUGGUCAAGAACCAGAUGGAACCCAAGUGACAAGACACUCCUCCUGGAGGUCUUUCUACAUCCUCAUCCAAGUCUGCACUCAAUGUUCCUUCCUUCUCAAGAAUACCAGAUCCGCCUCAUUUCUCCUCCUCCUGGAAGCCCACCAGAAGUUUUCUUUGUUGUCCCUCUGUGUGGCUGCUGAGUACACAGACUUCCCAGAUGAUCCCAGCAUGGGGAGCAGGGUGAAGGGUUCAAUAAACAUUUUGACCGGCUGGCUUCAUGAUCUCUGGUCUAGAUGGGGAGGUAGGGCUGUAGACUUCCUGUGGCCUUCUACUUCCAGCUGCUCUCCUCCAGUUCAGCUUCUGAGAUGCUAUCCCAGACUGCAGUAGAGGGGAGAAGGCCCC